CGGGAUCCCUCGGGGGGCAGCGCCGACCCUUCCUCCCCGGCCCGGGGGAGCGGCCCGAGGGUCCCGGUGCCGGGGGGAAGGAGGAGGAGGAGGAGGAGGAAGGAGCGGCGGACAUUUCGUGGCGGCUCCGCCCGGCGGGGCGGGACGGACCGGGGCGGCCAUGGCGGAGCGGGGCCGAGGACAGAGUCCGAGCGCCAUGGAGGACCUGCUGGAUGUGGAGAACAAGCGGAUGGCCGACAGCCUGGCCAGCAAGGUCACCAGGCUGAAAUCCCUGGCUCUGGAUAUCGACAAGGAUGCUGAGGAACAGAACCGCUACCUGGAUGGCAUGGACUCGGAUUUCCUCAGUGUGACGGGGCUGCUGACGGGCAGCGUGAAGCGCUUCUCCACCAUGGCGCGCUCCGGGCGGGACAACCGCCGGCUGCUCUGCGCCGUGUCCGUGGCCCUCAUCCUCAUCUUCUUCAUCCUCUACUACCUGGUGACCAGGGCGGGCACCUGAGCCGGGCUGGGCAGGUGUCACAGGGCCCCGAGCCGGGCAGGCACCACAGGCCGGACCCACGGCACCCACAGGCCUGUCCACACCUUCCCGGGAGGAGCCUCCAGCCAGACCUUCUCCUUCCAAGUGACUCUUCCUCCCACCAGCUCCUCGUGUCGCUCCGGCUGGGCCCAGACGGCUCUUCCAAAGCAAGAACAUUUGUCUCCAAAGGGAUCCCCGUGUCUAACAGGGAUUUGGGGCUGUGACCUCCUGCCUCGUUCGUGUGCCGCGGGCUGUUCUCAAGGGCCACUUCCCCGUCACCUCCCUCACCGAGCCUGGGAACUGCUGAGGUGGGGCUCACAAAUCCAGGGACUUGUUCAUACCCUGAGGUUUUGUCACCCAGCUGAACUUCGGGAGCUGUAGGGUUUAGGAUGCUGAUUUAUGGGGUUUGGGAGUGCCAGUGAUUUAACAUUCCGCGUGGCCGCUCUCAGUUUCCCCGAGACUUGCAGAACUUAUCCUUGGUGUCCCUGGGCUGAAAGGAAACCUGUGCUGCUUUGGGAUGGAAUUAGUGAUGGAUCUGGGCCUGGAUACUCUCAGGUCGCUGCAGGGAAGAGCUGCAGAGGAGCAGAACUUGGAUUAAAUCCUGGCUUGGCCCUCUUUAUCUUCCUUGGUCCAGUUAAUUUUGGUUGUUGUGGCACCCUGGUUUUGGAGCACUCCGGGGAGAUGCUGUGCCAAUGAAGCAGAGGUUGAGGUGAGGUGGAAUUCCCCCACAGUGGGAGUCCAGGAUGGAUUUGCUGAUUUGUUUUAUGAAUUUAGAAGGUACCAGAGGAACCCCUGCCUUGCCCUGGGGGGUGUCUCUGGUUAUUUGCCUCUCUCUCCCUGUAACAACCGGGGCCCAGCCAUUCCUCUUCCUCUGAUUUAGUCUCUCUUUUGCCUCACCAUGGGUGGCUGGGUGUUCCCUUUGCCUUCUCUCUCUUCCCAUCGGGAAUUCCUUUGUCCUGGAGCUAAGGUGCCUGCAAAAGGAAUGCUGUCCCUUGUACCAAACUGCUCACAAAACAUACCUUGGCUGGAUUAGGUGUGUUCUUUUCCACAUUUGGCAAAAAUCCUGCAGGGAAAGCAAGGAGAAAGGGAGGUGGCAGAGACUGGUUCUUCCUGCUUCCCUGGUGUGUGGCAGCUCCAGGCUCCUUCCCUUUGGGAAGAAUCGAUGGCCUCUAAUUCCUGGAGCAGGCGACUCCUGACAAAAGGCUGCUGGAGCAGCUGGGGGGGGUUCCUGCUGUAAAUAAAGCUGAUUUUAGACCUUCUA